GUCAUCGCCUGCAGCCCCGUCCAUAUUUGGCCAAGAAGUUGUCGGUAAAAGUCGGACUUUGCGGCACCUUCGUGGCUUUAUUGCCGCUUUUUGUGGCGAAUGUGUUCCGUGGAAGUGACUCAUCUUGACGACUUGUCAGCGGCGCACAUCGUCAGUGAGUCCCCCAUGUCAGUGACGGUUCAAAAGCGGGGCUCACACUUGCUUCUCAUGGCCGCCGACAGCCGCUCUUCGCCCCGCUUCGCGUACGGAAAGACUGCCGGUGCUUUCGCGGCGAGUCGCGCCGGGUUUGUAUGAGCCGGGCCGGAGGAGGUCAGCGGCGAGGGGUCGCAUGGCCGGAGGAGGCUCCACCGCCGCCGCCGCCGCCGGGAGCAGAGCCGGCUGGCGGGGCGUCACCAUGAAGAUGCCCCGAGGAGGGCGCCUGUUUCUGGCGACGUGCCUCUGCUCUCUCGCGGUGCUGCUGCUCUACUACCAGAGUGUCAGCAAGCCCGACGUGAGUGUCGGUGCAGUCAGCAGACCUGCUAAAAGCAGAAGGAGUCCACUACAGACCCUCUACAGUGGAGACCAGCAGCAUGUGGAUCUGCUGGCUGCUCAGAGGUCACUCCAAGGUCGCCGGGAGCUGCUGGAGCAAGCCUGUCUGAGUCACAGCAAGAAGAGGCGCGUGCUUUCUCCAGAGGACCUCAAACACCUCAUCGUGGACGACAAACACAGCCUGAUCUACUGCUACGUCCCCAAGGUGGCGUGCACCAACUGGAAGCGCGUCCUCAUGGUCCUCACCAGCGAGGGGCGCUACAGCGACCCCCUGGCUAUCCCCGCCAACGAGGCCCACGUGACGGGCAACCUGCGGGCGCUGUCCGAGUUCUCGGUCCCGGAGAUCAACCGGCGCCUGCGCGACCACCUCAAGUUCGUCUUCGUGCGGGAGCCCUUCGAGCGGCUGGUGUCGGCGUACCGCAACAAGUUCACGCGCAGCUACAACACGGCCUUCCACAAGCGCUACGGCACCAAGAUCGUCCGCCGCUACCGCCCCCGGCCCGGCACGCCGGCCCUGAAGCAAGGCAGCGACGUCUCCUUCCAGGAGUUCGUCCGCUACCUGGUGGACCCUCGGACGCAGCGCGAGGAGCCCUUCAACGAGCACUGGGAGAGGGUGCACUCCCUCUGCCACCCCUGCCUCAUCCACUACGACAUUGUGGGCAAGUACGAGACUCUGGAGCCUGACGCCCGGGCCGUGCUGUCCUUGGCGGGCGUGGAGGACACGCUCCGGUUCCCCACCUCCGGCAAGAACACUAGAACUGACGGCAACAUGGCGGCGCGCUUCUUCCAGCACAUCGACGCCUUCUACCAGAGGAAACUCUUCAACCUCUACCGCAUGGACUUCUUGCUCUUCAACUACUCCACGCCCGACUAUCUCAGGACUUGACCUGAGCAACCAUGGCGACUUUGCACUUGUCCGCGUUCCUGCUGGCUGACGAGCCGCCGCUAAGUCAGCACCGCCGGGACUUAUUUAUGAGGAGCGGGUUCUCCUCCUGCAGGGAGGAACUGACUGUGGACUUACACCACGGCUCCCAUUUACCCAACUUCACCUGCUUUAUUUACCAACCCCGUUUCCAUAUGAGUUGGGAAAUUGUGUUCGAUGUAAAUAUAAACAGAAUACAAUGAUUUGCAAAUCCUUUUCAAGCCAUAUUCAGUUGAAUAUGCUACAAAGACAACAUAUUUCAUGUUCAAACUCAUGAACUUGAUAUUUUUUUUUUUUGCAAAUAAUAAUUAACUUAGAAUUUCAUGGCUGCAACAUGUGCCAAAGUAGUUGGGAAAGGGCAUGUUCACCACUGUGUUACAUCACCUUUUCUUUUGACAACACUCAAUAAACGUUUGGGAACUGAGGAAACUAAUUGUUGAAGCUUUGAAAGUGGAAUUCUUUCCCAUUCUUGUUUUAUGUAGAGCUUCAGUCCUUCAACAGUCUGGGGUCUCCACUGUCCUAUUUUACACUUCAUAAUGCACCACACAUUUUCCAUGGGAGAAAAGGUCUGGACUGCAGGCGGGCCAGGAAAGUACCCGCACUCUUUUUUUUUACAAAGCCAUGCUGUUGUAACACGUGCUGAAUGUGGCUUGGCAUGGUCUUGCUGAAAUAAGCAGGGGCGUCCAUGAAAAAGACAGCGCUUAGAUGGCAGCACAUGUUGUUCCAAAAGCUGUAUGUACCUUUCAGCAUUAAUGGUGCCUUCACAGAUGUGUAAGUUACCCAUGCCUUGGGCACUAAUGCACCCCCAUACCAUCACAGAUGCUAGCUUUUACACUUUGCGUCGAUAACAGUCUGGAUGGUUCGCUUCACCUUUGGUCCGGAUGACACCAUGUCGGAUAUUUCAAAAAACAAUUUGAAAUGUGGACUCGUCAGACCACAGAACACUUUUCCACUCUGCAUCAGUCCAUCUUAGAUGAUCUCAGGCCCAGAGAAGCCGGCGGCGUUUCUGGAUGUUGUUGAUAAAUGCCUUUCGCUUUGCAUAGUAGAGCUUUAACUUGCACUUACAGAUGUAGUGACAAACUGUAUUUAGUGACAGUGGUUUUCUGAAGUGUUCCUGAGCUCAUGUGGUGAUAUCCUUUAGAGAUUGAUGUCAGUUUUUGAUACAGUGCCGUCUGAGGGAUGGAAGGUCACGGUCACUCAAUGUUGGUUUCCGGCCAUGCCGCUUACGUGGAGUGAUUUCUCCAGAUUCUUUGAACCUUUUGAUGAUAUUAUGGAGCGUAGAUGUUGAAAUCCCUCAAUUUCUUGCAAUGUCACUUUGAGAAAGGUUGUUCUUAAACUGUUUGACUAUUUGCUCACGCAGUUGUGGACAAAGGGGUGUACCUCGCCCCAUCCUUUCUUGUGAAAGACUGAGCAUUUUUUGGGAAGCUGUUUUUAUAGCCAAUCAUGGCACCCACCUGUUCCCAAUUAGCCUGCACACCUGUGGGAUGUUCCAAAUAAGUGUUUGAUGAGCAUUCUUCAACUUUAUCAGUAUUUAUUUCCACCUUUCCCAACUUCUUUGUCAGGUGUUGCUGGCAUCAAAUUUUAAAGUUAAUGAUUAUUUGCAACAAAAAAAAAUGUUUAUGAGUUUGACCAUCAAAUAUGUUGUCUUUGUAGCAUAUUCAACUGAAUAUGGCUUGAAAAGGAUUUGCAAAUCAUUGUAUUCUGUUUAUAUUUACAUCUAACACCAUUUCCCAACUCAUAUGGAAACGGGGUUUGUAGAUGUAGUCUGGUCAGGUGACUCCCUACUGGUUAGUAACUCAGCCCCCUCCCUCAUUCAUGGAGAACAAGGUUGUUACUGCAGUUUGGAUUAUACUUUCACUUUCACUUUCACUACAGGCCUUGACAUUUCAAAAAAUGACUCCCGACAACUAGAAAUGUCUGAUAAAGGCGUUUUUGCCGACAUAUUGUCCAACUCUUAAUUACAGUGGUGGAAAGAACACAUUAUUAUGCCUUAUUUUGUUGUGAUGCCCCGCUGGAUGCAUUAAACAAUGUUACAAGGUUUUCCAAAAUAAAUCAACUCAAGUUAUGGAAAAAAAACAACAA